AUGGAAGAAGUAUGUGGAAUUGAGCAUGGCUCAUACAUAUGGGGCAAGAGUGUUCACAACAUCCAGAUUGAAUGUCUUUGGGUGGAUGUGACAAAUGGCCUAGGGCAGAAGUGGAAGGAUUUUUUCCAGACUCUCAAAGCCUACGACAACCUCAAUGUGAACAAUGAUUCACACCUGUGGCUACUUCAUUUCCUAUUCCUCCCUUUGAUCAAUGAUGAUGCAGGCCAGUGGGCAGCCUCAUGGAAUCACCAUGUUCUUGGGCAUUGCGGAGAGCCCCAUUGGUCACCCCAUGACAUGCUCAUCCAAGGUAUCAUUGAGCAUGGGCAUCAAGGGGUGUUUGUUGAGUCGGCUGAGGACCAGGAGGUAGAAGAUAUUGCCAGCUAUGGCAUUGACUGGAAUGACUUGGAUGACCAGCAUCUACUGGCUCAUCACAAUACUCAUAAUCCUGAGGACAGUGAUUCAACCAAUCCAUUUGUAUCAAAUCAUCCUGAUUCUGAUCUAUCCCAUGUCAAGGUUCCUGAGUCCCAUUAUAUCCAGCCCCUUCUUGAUUCUAGUCUCUAUAUCAAUAUGCACUCAUGCUGUCUACUUUGGAUUCAAACAUUAGCAUUGGCUUCUUCUAGAGCUGACCCUAAUACUUGA